CAGUGGGUGGCUCGCCGCGGCAACGGUUUUGGAAGAGCGGGAAAUGGCGGCAGAGGCGCUGCCUUCGGCGCCGUCUUCCCGCUCCCCUCCGAGCCGAGACCCCCGCGUGCGAUGCCGCUCGCGCCGCUGGACGGCGGAGUUGCUGGGCCAUUGUAAACCUUACCUGCGCGCUUUCGGGGACGAGCAGCCGGUUGAGGCCGAGAACUUGAAAUGGGCGCUCAAGGAGGCUCUCUGGAAUUUUGAAACAGCCGUACAAGAGAACAUCACUAUUAAUGGACAGCCAUGGCAGGAGUCAUCAAACGAUCUUCAAAAUGGUGCUGACAUCAAACUCCUUGAAGAUCAGCUUGAUGAAUUAGUAGUGGAAGUGGCUUCCAAGCGUAAUCAACGUCCCAGAAAAAUACAAGCACAUGUCGUCAAAAGCAUUAAAGCACAACAAGAAAUGUUGGGGUGCUAUCAACCUGUUGUGAAACCUCAAGAGAUUAAAGCAACGCCUUCUCAAGAUUCUCUUAUGGCAAACCUGAGGCUUUCAGCAGAAACAGCAUCUAGACACAUUGGAAAUUCAUUUAAGUCUAUGACAUCUCUCGUGGGAAAAGCAGAAGGUUUCUCCACAGUGUUGUCUUUGCAACCUACCUUGGAACUGUGCAAAAUCCACCAAGAAGUGUUUUCCAGCUCUGAAGUGAAAGCGGAGAAUCAAAUUAAGGGCAAAAACCUUAUGGAACAAGUGGAAGUCAGUUCCCCGGAGACUGCUACCAGCAAUUCCGUUAUAUUGAAAAUAAAGAGACCGCCAUGUUCCCCACUGAAAAUGUACCCAUUACGACGAAGGAAAAUUGGUCUUGAUACAUGAAAUUUUUUCUGCUUUCAAGCUUUAAAAAAAUGCCUAUCAGCUUUGAGAGAACUGCUAACUUGGACCUUCAAUAUGAAUACAUGAUUUUUCUUUUUCACAUUUUUGUGAGGCUUUGCCUAUUUGAAUUUGUCCACAGCACUGUCUGGGCUGUUGGCAAAAUAUUGGUAGUGACAUCCUCUGGACACAGACUACUUAAAUCAAUUUCAUCUGGCUGUUAUGGAGGUUCCUUGGGUCCUCUCACUGUAUAACUCUAAACAUUAUGUCAGACACAUGCACUCUUUUUGUUUUAUAUUUCCUCGUAUCCAGUGAUUGUUCAGUGAGGACAGCUUGUCAGCAGGGAAGCAACUUGCCAGUAUUGUCAUUUGAGUUUGAGACCUAAGACUACAGAAGCGUAUGUGUAUUACAGCCAAAUGAUCAAUGACAAGAUCUGGAGUUACUGUAGAAAAAAUAAAGCAAGCCUCUGAACAAUUGAGGGUCAACAAAGAUACACGAAGGCCUUGAUGCAGAGAGCUGUGUUCCGGCAUAGCCAGGAUUCUCCCUUUGCAUGUCUGAGCAGAAGACUCUGUGCCAUGGUGAGCUUCAAAGGCCAUUUGAAGAAAGCUGACAAUUGUACAGAAAAUGUGCAGUCACUAAUGUGUACAUAAUGGGAUUUCUGGAUCUCUGCAAUAACUUGCAUUUCUGAUGUGUCAGUAUAAUUUCAGAGUUUACUUACUUGUAUAGGUUCUUUUCAAAAACGUGGGAUAGCUGAAGUCAAGCUAGAUGUUCCGCGUCUGAGACGGGUCUUCUCUAACAUCUAAAAAAUGACAGAGGAACUUUGGUGGGGGGUGCCUAACCCUUCUGCCAUACCUCCUCCCUCCCAACCGGUUUUCUCCCAUUUGGGACAAAGUUACUGGCAGAAGGGUACACAUGAAAGAACUGAAAGGCAAGAAGAGGCUUAAACAUCCCUCCCCAACAGCCACUUCUCCCCCGCAAAUUAUGUCCUCCUCCCCUCCCCAUCCUGCCCAUGCUUUUUGUAUCUUCUGUGUAGACUUGGGUUCCCAGAGUGAGACCUACUGCAAAGUAUCUAGCGUAGCCCUGACAAGCAGGUUGAGAUAUAUGUAAUUGCAUCUGGCACUUGUAAUGGAAUUCUCCCCCACUCCCCCACUGCCCUUUGUCCAGCUGUAGUGUGCUAUUUUAAAAUUAAAACCAUAUCCCAUUAUGCAUCUUCCAUAAAGAGUAAAUCAAUCUCAGGCUGUUCUAUUAACAGUUUGAUUAAUUUAUGUAUUAUCUCCCUGUUACAGUCCUGCUAUUCUGUUAUGCAAAGUGAAAAGAUGCCUCCCCCCUAGAUUUUUUGGGUUUUUUUUACUAUAACCUAAGUAAUUCAUAGUGAGCUUAUAAGUACUAGCUUAAUAGACAGUUUGACUGCAGUUUUAAACUCAUUUGUAACGUCCUUUGAGUUACUUUCUCCAGCAGAGUGGUAUGGGCAAAAACUACUGGAUUUGCUUCAGUUAAAUUUGGCCGUACGUGUGCAAAGAUACAGUGGUAGUUUAGAGAUGCUGCCUUGGGUUUGGCACUGCCUGCUUGGGUUCUUGCUUUGCCUCAGAAUGCCUGUUCAGCCUGUGUAUUAGUAAAUCCUCAAAUUAUUACAAAAGCACUAUUAAGUCUCCAGUGCUUUCUUCUCAAAAACCCUGCACUGUAAAAACUGUUUGACCUUCCUUCUACCUUUGGGGUACAUGAAAUAAUAUAUGUAUUUACAUUCUGUGACUAAUUAAGACUUAUUUUUAAACUUUUCCAAAAUCAGUGCUAUUACUAGGACUUGUUUUCCUUUUUACUAAUUAGAAUUUAUUGUGUAUCAAUUAUUCCUGAAAAUGCAAACUUUUUAAAAGGUUUUUUAAGAAUAAGCUUAAUUACUGUUUCUUAGAAAUAUUUUUUCUUGAUUAAACAGCCAUAAAGAGGAAAGUAAAACAAGUGAAAGACUGUUGAACUCUGCUCUUGAAAUUCCAUUAAAAAUGUGUUAACAGAGUAAGCUUCCAUAUUGAAUAUGUACAUAUUUAUUUUGUUGUUGUUGUAAAAUGUAUAUUUGUACAUAAAAUGUUUCUUUUGUAUACAUUACAACUCAUUGA